UUGCACGCUCGUUGUAGGCGUUGUGAAGCUAGCCAACGAGACCUCGACGUUGGCGCGGAUGUUGUGCUUGGAGCUCAUGCUAAUGCUAACUAAGCGCGUUCGGUAUUUCACUCGCACUGGAGGCCUCCUUUCUGCGUCUAAUUUUUUUUUUUUCUCACGUAUCUAAACGUGACAUUCUGAGUUCCAACCUGAAUUGAGGACCUGAGCGAGUCUAACACACAUUUAAUUGACAUGUUAACUGCUCCUUUUUUAGCUCGCGCUAACUAGCGGCUGCACCAUUAAACAAGAUUAUGCUUUCUUAGUUGCUUUGUACAAACCAUCUUAAAUAGUUCAGCAAAAACAAACUACUCUUCUAAUAAUGUCAAGAAAUCCACUCGUGAUUUUGUCCUAGGGAUGAGAACAUGCUCGCGUGACGUGUUGUUGAUGUUUUCCGCAUUGCGACAUCAACAUAGCGUGCCGCUUCUCUUAUUUUUGCCGUGACCGUCAACUCACCCCCGAUUUUUACUUUUCCGUGAAUCGUGCGAGAACUGCGGGUGCAAAUUCUGCGUCGGGGCAGCAGUUAUGUCGGACUUCAUCGAGAGUGAGGCCGAGGAGUCCGAGGAGGAGUUUGAAGAGAAAGAGUUAAAGCCCAAGAAGACACAGAGGUUCAUGGAGGAUGAUGACGAGGAGGAAGAAGACAACACUGAGGACCAGGACGAGCGAGGCAACUUGCGUGGGCUCAUCGAUGAUGGCGAUGAAGAGGAGGAGACGGGAGGUCAAAAGAGUGCAAGUGGAGGUGAUAGCGACUCGGAGGAGGAAGUCCGGCAUCGCCGCAAGAAGCGAAAUUACAACGACCUGGACGAGGACGAUCUGGACCUCAUUGAGGAGAACUUGGGUGUGAAAGUCAAGAGGAGGAAGAAGAAAUACGACCGCGUAAAAACGCUGGACGAUGAUGACGACGACGACGACGAGAAGGACCUGAUCGCCGACGAGAUCUUUCACGGCGAUGGAGACGGCGAGCCGGAGGAGGGCGAGCCCGUCCACGAGCCUCUCCAGCAGACAGGCGAUGACGAGGAAGGAGAAGACGAGGAGUCGGAUAUUGACGACUUUAUCGUGGAUGAUGAUGGACAGCCGAUCACCAAAAAACGGGGCAAGAAAUUUUCCGGCUACACGGAUGCUGCCCUGCAGGAGGCGCAGGAGAUCUUCGGCGGCGACUUUGACUUUGCUGAAUUUGACGUCGACGCCUAUGACCAGGGCGAGGAGGAGGAAGAGGACCAGGAUGAAGAGGGCUGGGACCGGCCCAAGAAGCAGACCAAGAGGCGGCAGGGCCGAAAGAGCAUCUUUGAGCUCUACGAGCCCAGUGAGCUGGAGAGCAGUCACAUGACCGACCAGGACAACGAGAUCCGCACCACCGACAUGCCCGAGAGGUUCCAGCUGCGAUCGAUCGCCGUCAAACCGGCUGAGGACGAGGAGCUGGAGGAGGAAGCGGAGUGGAUCUUCAGACACGGCUUCUCCACGCUCACCAUUUCCAUUCAGGAGAGCGCCGAUUAUUUGGAGCGCGGGACGUCCACCAACUUCAGCCGCCAAGGCCCUAGUACCAUCGCCAAAAUCAAAGAAGCGCUCAACUUCAUGAGGAAUCAACAAUUUGAGGUUCCAUUUAUUGCAUUCUACAGAAAAGAGUAUGUGGAACCAGAGCUGAACAUCAAUGACCUGUGGAAGGUGUGGCAGUGGGAUGAAAAGUGGACUCAGCUGAAGACCCGCAAGCAGAACCUUACGCGACUCUUUCAAAAGAUGCAGUCCUACCAGUUUGAGCAGAUCUCCGCCGACCCCGAUAAACCUUUGGCUGACGGGAUACGCCCGCUGGACACGGCCGACAUGGAGAGGCUGAAGGACGUCCAGACGCUGGAAGAGCUCGGUGACGUGUACAACCACUUCCUGCUCUACUACGGCCGAGAUAUUCCCAAGAUGCAGAACGCCGCCAAGGCCAGCAAGAAGAGGCUCCGCAAGAUCAAUCAAGUCACAGAAGACGGCGAGGAGGAGGAAGUGGAGGUAGAAGAAGAGGAGGAGCAGAAGGGUCCAGAUCUCAAGCUGGCGUCUCGCCGGGACAUGUACAGCAUCUGCCAAAGCGUGGGCCUCGACGGCCUGGCCAAAAAGUUCGGCCUGACCCCUGAGCAGUUUGGCGAGAAUCUGCGAGACAGCUACCAGCGGCACGAGACGGAGCAGUUCCCCGCCGAGCCCAUGGAGCUGGCCAAAGACUACGUGUGCAGCCAGUUCCCUGGCCCGGAGGCCGUUCUGGAGGGCACCCGCUACAUGGUGGCCAUGCAGAUUGCCCGCGAGCCUUUGGUCCGACACGUGCUGCGCCAGACCUUCCAAGAGCGAGCCAAGAUCAACAUCAAGCCCACCAAGAAGGGCAAAAAGGAUGUGGACGAGGCCCACUUUGCCUACUCCUUCAAGUACCUGAAGAACAAGGCGGUGAAGGAGCUCAGCGGGGAUCAGUUCCUGAAAAUGUGCUUGGCUGAGAACGAGGGCCUGCUCUCCAUUGACAUCUGCAUCGACCUCGUCGGAGUCAAAGGGUACGCAGGCGACCAGACCUACUUUGACGAGAUCAAGCAGUUCUACUACCGAGACGAGUUCAGCCAUCAGGUGCAGGAGUGGAACCGUCAACGCACCUUGGCCAUCGAGAGAGCCCUCAACCAGUUCCUCUACCCUCAGAUGGCCAAAGAGCUUAAGAGCAAGCUCAUCGCUGAAGCCAAAGAGAGCAUCGUACGGUCGUGCUGCCGUCGACUGUACAACUGGUUGAAGGUGUCUCCUUACAGGCCAGACCAGCAGUUGGAGGAAGAUGACGACCUGAUGGACGAGAGUCAGGGCAAAGGCAUCAGGGUGCUGGGAGUGGCCUACGCACCCAGCAGAGACACGCCCGUCUUCUGCGCGCUGAUCAAUGGCGAAGGCGAGGUGGCGGACUUUCUGCGCCUGCCCUACUUCAUGAAGAGGAGGAACGCCUUCAGGGAGGACGAGCGAGAGAAGAAGGCCAACGACAUUGAGAACCUCAAGAGGUUUUUGUCCAGCAAGAAGCCUCACGUGGUCGCCGUGGCUGGUGAAAACCGGGACGCUCAGAUGAUCAUAGAGGACAUCAAGAGGACCAUCAGCGAGCUGGAGCAGGAGUCGUCGCUGCCCUCCGUCGGCGUGGAGCUGGUCGACAACGAGCUGGGCACGCUCUACAUGAACAGCAAAAAGUCCGAGACGGACUUUCGGGAUUACCCACCAUUGCUGCGCCAGGCCGUGUCCAUUGCCAGGAAGAUUCAAGAUCCUCUGGUGGAGUACGCACAGGUCUGCAGCUCUGACGAAGACAUCAUCUGCCUCAAGUUGCAUCCCCUGCAGGAACACGUGGUAAAGGAGGACCUCCUCUCUGCCCUCUAUUGCGAGUUCAUCAAUCGGGUCAACGAGGUGGGCGUGGAUGUGAACCGGGCCAUUGCGCACCCUCACACUCAGAGUCUGGUCCAGUACGUGUGCGGUCUUGGCCCGAGGAAGGGCUCGCACUUGAUCAAGAUUCUGAAGCAGAACAACACGCGUCUGGAGAACAGAACCCAGCUGGUCACAAUGUGUCACAUGGGGCCAAAGGUCUUCAUCAACUGUGCGGGUUUCAUCAAGAUCGACACGGCGUCGCUCGGAGACAGCACCGACUCCUACAUCGAGGUCCUGGAUGGUUCUCGCGUCCACCCCGAGACGUACGAGUGGGCUCGCAAGAUGGCCGUGGAUGCGCUAGAGUACGACGAGUCCGCCGAGGACGCCAACCCGGCCGGCGCCCUGGAAGAGAUCUUGGAGAACCCCGAAAGGCUCAAAGAUCUCGACCUGGACGCCUUUGCCGAGGAGCUGGAGAGACAGGGUUACGGCAACAAGGGCAUCACGCUGUAUGACAUCAGAGCUGAGCUGAGCUGCAGGUACAAAGACCUGCGGGUCCCCUACAGAGUCCCCAACACAGAGGAAGUCUUCAACCUGCUCACCAAGGAAACGCCAGAGACCUUCUACAUUGGUAAGCUGAUCACCAGCGUGGUGACCGGCAUCGCUCACCGGCGCCCCCAGGGGGAGAGCUAUGAUCAGGCCAUCCGUAAUGACGCCACCGGCCUGUGGCAGUGUCCCUUCUGCCAGCAAGACAACUUCCCCGAGCUCAGCGAGGUGUGGAACCACUUCGAUAGUGGCUCCUGUCCCGGGCAGGCCAUCGGGGUGCGGUCGAGACUGGACAACGGCGUGCAGGGAUUUAUUCCCACCAAGUUCCUGAGCGACAAAGUGGUGAAACACCCCGAGGAGAGAGUGAAGGUGGGCAUGACGGUUCACUGUCGCAUCAUGAAGAUCGACAUCGAGAAGUUCAGCGUGGACCUCACGUGUCGCACCUCCGACCUCUCGGACAAGGCCAACGAGUGGAAGCUUCCCAAAGACACCUACUACGACUUUGACGCCGAAUCCGAAGAUCUCAAGCUGGAGGAGGAGCUGAAGAAGAAACAGCAGCGCACGCCGUACAUCAAGCGCGUCAUCGCUCACCCCAACUUCCACAACAUCAGCUUCAACCAGGCCGAGAAGAUGAUGGAGUCCCUGGACCAGGGAGACCUGAUCAUCAGGCCCAGCAGCAAGGGCGAGAACCACCUCACUGUCACCUGGAAGGUGGCUGACGGCAUCUACCAGCACGUGGAUGUGAGAGAGGAAGGCAAAGAGAACGCCUUCAGCUUAGGACACACGCUCUGGAUCAAUAAUGAGGAAUUUGAAGACCUGGAUGAAAUCACAGCGCGCUUCAUUCAACCCAUGGCGUCGUUCGCUCGGGACCUGCUGAGCCACAAAUACUUUCAAGAUUGUAACAGCGGAAGCAAGGAGAAAAUGGAGGAGCUGCUGGUCAGGACCAAAAGGGAGAAGCCCACCUUCAUUCCGUAUUUUGUGUCUGCGUGUAAAGCAUUGCCUGGAAAGUUCCUGCUAGGCUACCAACCUCGAGGAAAGCCACGGGUGGAGUACGUGACCAUCACCCCGGAUGGCUUCAGGUACCGCUCGCAGAUCUUUCCCUCAGUCAACGGAUUGUUCCGCUGGUUCAAGGACCACUACCAGGAGCCUGUACCAGGCAUCACACCCACAAACAGCAACAGCAGCCGCACACGCACGCCAGCCUCCCUCAACGCCACGCCGGCCAACAUCAACAUUGCCGACCUGACGCGAGCCGUUAACUCGCUCCCGCGAAACAUGACCUCGCAGAUGUUCAACGCCAUCGCCGCCGUCACCGGCCAGGGCCAGAACCAGAACCCCAACUCCACACCGGCCCAGUGGGGAUCCAGCCAAUACGGAUACGGAGGCAGCACUGGAGGAGGCGGCAGCUCCUCGGCUUAUCACGUGUUUGCCACGCCCCAGCAGCCAAUAGCCACACCCUUGAUGACACCAAGCUACUCAUUCACUACGCCCAGCCAGCAGAACAUGGGCACGCCACAGUACCCGGGCUCCACCCCCCAGUCCACGCACGCGCACCACAACCACCACGGUCACGGGUCGGGCACGCCGGGCUCAACCGUGUCGUCGUCACGGGGCCGGACUCCUCAGCAGCAGCAGCCAAAGCCAAGCGGCAGCGGAAGCGGCGGCGGCUCCACGGCCGCAGUGGACUGGGGCAAGAUGGCCGAGCAGUGGCUGAAAGAGAAAGAGGCCGAAGGUCGGAAGAAGACUCCGAGAAUGACCCCGCGACCUUCGCCCAGCCCCAUGAUCGAGAGCACCCCCAUGUCCAUCGCCGGGGACGCCACGCCCCUGCUGGACGAGAUGGACCGGUAGGGCGCCCGGACGGGGGUUGGCGUUACCAUGUGACCCCGCUUCCCCCCAUCCGCUACCGCGAGUCGUCGUCUCGCGCCACGACGCCACGCCCACACAGUGUUCUCUGCGUGUACAAAAUGGACCUGCUGUCAGGAGGGCUGCCCCGUCGGUUUGCCCCGCUUUUAGUUAGGGAUGAGGGGGCAGGGCCCACCACAGCCAGAAAACAUCUGCGCUCGUGAUAGACGGCUCUCGGCCGCACCCACCGGGCGAGCGACCCUCUGUAUAGAACAAAUAAAGACAACUGGGGUUUUUUUUUUUUCUCCCUGGUGGACUCUUCUAAGACUCGGGAGGCUUGUGACUUAUUUGUCCCGAAGGUGGAAAAUGGGCUCCAGUGUCACGUCAAGGACCAUCGCAUACUCAUCUUUGCGCAUCCUAAAAUCCCAUGAGUGUCUCUUGAAAGUUGAGUUGUAAAAGAAGCUCAAGCUCGUCCCGCAAACAAGCAUUCCUUUAUUUGCCCGGCAGAAAGGAGGCGUGAUGUCAUGACUGUCAUGGGAUGUCCGAUUAGUCACGCUGCAGCACAUGACGCGUGCGCAAAGCCAACAAGACACACGCGGGAAACACUUUUGACAAGUUUUUAUUGAAAGCCCAACUCUUCGCUGUUGUGCCUCUGCUCUGUCCUCUCACGUCAACAGCAGUUGGCCUUCCUCCCGCGUUUGUCCUUCGGGCCUCUCGUGAUCUCUGGCGACAAACCACGUCAGUACAGGAGUAGAAGAAAGCCGUCGUGCCAGCGACUCACUGAUGACGUCGGCCCCGUCCCUCGCCGCGCUUUUCUCCAGCUCGGCCAGGACGUUGGCCUCGAAGGUCAAAGAGGCCACGCGGAGGAAAAAGUCUCUCACGCCGUCUCCUGUGGCCAACAUGGAAUCAAGUUGAAUGUCACGUUGACGCUUCGGAAGGUUUCAACUACAAUACGUCGCACCCGACUUGGCCGACACGGCCCAGUACUCUGCCCGGAUCUCCUCCGACAUUCGGACGGCUUCCUCUUCAACCUGACCCAGCUGCUCUGGAGACUGACAAGGAGAAAAAAAACAUCACUUGAGGACACUGAAUGGGUUGUGUGAAAAGUUGCUUCAUCUUCACCCACGCUGAGGUCCUUCUUGGUGCCCACGAGGAAGAGAAGAACACUGGAUGGGUCGUUCUCCUUCAUGGCGUCCUCCAACCACUCCCUGCACGCGCACACAAACUUGUUUUCUGUAGUCAGGACAGAAUUAAAGGCACCUUGCCUUUGUCCCUCUCCUUGAUGCUCCCUCACUUUUUUUCCCGUCGACUUAACUAUAGACACCUACAUCAACAAUCAUGUUCCUCUCACCUGGCGUGGUCUAAGGAGUUUGCUCUGCUCAAGUCGAACACCACAAUGAUGGCUGUGGGUGCAACACACACAUACACAAAAGAACAUGUUGGGUUUGGAGAUGAAGACGGCGAGGAGCCUUCCUGACCUUGAGCUCCUCUGUAGUAUGUGGAGGCAAUACACUUGAAGCGUUCCUGGCCCGCCGUGUCCCAUCUGUAAUGCAUGGUGCCAGUUUUCUAAGAGGUCCCUCAAGGCUCCAUACUCUGCCCUUUCCUAUUCAUUGAUGGUACACGACAUACUCACAGCUGCAGGCUGAAGGGGACGCCGAGUACCUGGAAACGUUCCAUGUCAAAAUCCACACCGAUGGUGGCUUUGUAGUUCUUGUUGAAGGCUCCUCUGGAGAACCUUUCGGGAACAUCAGUUUUUAAUACUUGCAUGCGUGGUGAUGAGUCAACAGAAGUGAAAUAUUUGUUUUUGAUUGUGGUGCUGAAGGCCCAGGUGCCAAAUGAAACUCCCAUCAGUAUUGCUGACGUACAGUGUGGAAUUGUGGAACGGCUUCUUACCUGCUGACCAGACAGGUUUUCCCGACCGAGACGUCGCCCACCACGAUAACUUUGGCGACAUUGAAGCUGCAAAAGAGCAGGAUGGACGUGAAAGGCGGAAACGUCACCAAGUUCAUUUCAGAACUUCUUUUAUCUUCCAAACAAAAAAAUUUUUGGGCCACACACUGCAAGUCUUGGCAUCCACUUACCUUUCAAGAGAUGAAAACAUGGAUGAUCAAAUGGCAGAUGUGCAAGCAUUUAACAGCUCUCGUGACCUUUAACCUUACCUGACGGUAUCUUCCCUCAGCGUCUGACAUGCGGCCUUCACCUGAGGAUGGAAAACCUCUUUGGUCUGCAGCGCCGCAUUGGGACUGAAACACUGACGUGACAUCACGCCACGCCAAAAUCAAUGAUCGGAAUCACAAUUGUGUCACGUUACUGUUAUUACGUCGUUGUAACAUUAUUGCUAGUGCAUUGUUGCAUUUUUAGUUUUGCUGUUAUUACAUUGUGCGCUUGUCACCUUGGGCAUGUGUGUUAUGAUUCUGUCGCUCUUGGGUGGAGGCAACAUGACGUGACAGUGGAUCCACCUGCAAACUUCUGCACGUCCACGCAGGUGUCCAGGUGGCCACUGCAGGUCACUUUACUCAAAUACUAAAUCAAACGACAUUUUUUUUUAGUUGCAAAGUUUGACAAUGAGCGACCAUUCUGAGGUUCGGGGUUCAGUGUUGUGAUCCCUGACCCCCACCAAACCUCUUCCUAUGGAGACCCCCCCCCCCCUUUCUCCUCAAUUGCCUAAAGUCAACUUGACAUAAAUCAUUUUUCAGGACGAUCUUGUUGAGCAAUGUAAGCAGCAAUGAACACAAAGCACAAGAAAAUGGAUGAUAAAAAAAGAAAAAGUUUACCUGAAGGCUGUAGCUAUCGGUCGCUGAGGAAGAAGAUAAAAAGUGAUGUUUGCGGAGAAAACUAAACCGGAGCAGCUGACGGCACAAAAUCGAGUCAGCAGACUUCCCUCGCAAUCAAAUCAAUUCACUCCUUGCAGGAAGGCAGCAAACAGCGCCGCCGUGUGGAUGGGGCAUGUACCAGCACAUCGAUGAGGGGGCGUUCUGUACUGGUGACGUCAUAUACAUGCGACAUUCUGGCUAUUAAAUAAGCACAGUUGUCGCGCUUUUGGUCUUUCUUGCUUGACUUGUGUAGGUACCCAGUCAUGCUGGUUAAAAGGAAAGAUGACGGGCGAAAGAAGAAAAAAAAAUGCGAGCAAAUAACUCCCACUGACUUGUAAAUGUUAGUGCAAUUGAUUGUGCGAGUCAAAUGUUGAAUUUGGCUUGGCGAAGUUGAACAUGUUGACCGCGUGGACUCGACGAUGGAAAACGUGACAUCAUGGUGGGCGUCAGAUCGUGAAAUGUCGCCUUGCUUGGCGUUUUUGCCUUCCAAAUGAUGGAAGUCAAGAGGUCACGUGUCCAGAUGAACGUUAUAUGAAAUCGUAUGUCUUGGCUGGAAAGUUUCCCGAAGAUUGAAAGUCCACUCCGCUUUUGCUGCUGAAGUCCUGCAAUGCAGGUUGACUGAGUCGUUGGCUUCAGUGCCAAUUAGUGAUGGAGAAGCCGAGCCUUGGAUGAAGCUUUUUUUUUUUUUGCAACAUGUGUUGUCUGAUCUUGUAACUGAAUAAAAACCAGUGGAAAUCAA